AUGUCCACUGCCAUGACAAGAUUUCUCGCUCCAAGAUACGUUGUACCAUUCAUUGGUGCCACUGCUUCUCUUGGCCUUGCUUACCACUACUCCACACAAUCAUUCAUUAGAAAUGAAACAGGAAAGACUUUUACUGGUGGUGAUGAAUGGAUUGACUUGACUUUAAAGAAAGCCGAACAAUUGAACCAUAACACCAAACACUUGGUUUUCGACUUGAAAGAUAAAGACGAUCUUUCAGGUUUGGUUGUUGCUUCUAUGUUGAUGACUAAAUUUGUUACUCCAAAGGGUAACAACGUUAUCAGACCAUACACCCCAGUUUCAGACGUCAAUCAAAAAGGUGACAUUGAAUUUGUUAUCAAAAAAUACGAUGAAGGUAAAAUGUCCAGUCACAUCCAUGAUUUGAAAGAAGGUGACACUUUAUCUUUCAAAGGUCCAUUUGUCAAAUGGAAGUGGGAACCAAAUCAAUUCAAGUCAAUUGCUUUGAUUGGUGGUGGUUCCGGUAUCACCCCAUUAUAUCAAUUGUUGCACGCCAUUACCUCAAACCCAGAGGACAAUACUAAAGUCCAAUUGUUUUACGGUAACCUUUCUCCUGAUGAUAUUUUGAUUAAAGACAGACUCGACGAAAUCGCCAAGAACAACAAGGACCAAGUUAGGGUUAUUUAUUUUGUUAAUGACAAAAAGGGUAAAGACUUUGACGGUGUAGAGGGUUUCAUCACUAAGGACUUUUUGCAAAAGAAUUUGGACAAGCCAAGCCCAGACACGAAGAUUUUUGUUUGUGGACCUCCUGGCUUGUACGAUGCAAUCUCUGGUAACAAGAAAUCUCCAUCGGAUCAAGGUGAAGUUACUGGAGCUUUGGCUGACUUGGGUUACACCAAAGAACAUGUUUUCAAAUUUUAA